UCCAAGGCAGUGAUCCUGUAGGUCGAUUCUAUUCUAAGUUACGUAAACUUGCUAGGCUUGCUGGUAUUAAUGAACAACAAAUUCGAUUACAAUUUAUUCAUGGUAUUUCUCCUGAUAAUCAAUUAGAAAUUCGACGCAUUGGAAUUAACAGGCCUGUAUCUGAAUUGCUUACAGAACUCGAAGAAAUUGAAAGAUAUAAGACAGAGCAAUUAUCUGGAGCAUAUUCUAUUCCAAAAUCUGCUAUAGAGCAUCAACAACAAUUUUAUUCUAAUGCGGAUAUUAACAAGCUUGUAGAAGAACGAAUAGCUUCCAGAGAAAAACAAAGUCUAGCCUCAGAGAAGCACAUCUUUGAAGCAAAGCCAAAACAAGUAUCUCAAGUUGACUCUAAUACUGAAGCGAUUAGACAAUUUAUAGAGAUUAUGAAGCGAGCUAAAAAGACUUUAGCUAAAAAGCCUGGUCCUGGUAAAGAAAAAAUUAAUCAAACUAAAAUCGCUAAAGCUAUAAAAAAUAUUUCUAGCAAGUCUAAAUCUUUUCGACGCAAGACUAAAUUAAAAUCAAGAUCUAAGACUCAAAAAAAGAAAUCAUCAACUCGAUCAAAGCAUGUUAAUGCCUAUAUAAUUUCAGAUGAAUCAUCUUUAGAAUCUAGUAGUAGUGAAAAUGAUAAUACAACAUUUAGCGAAAAUGAACUUGAAACUAAUACCUUGUUAUAUUCACAAAGCAAAUCAGAAUCUUCUGAAUCAUCUGAAAGUGAGUCUAGUAAUUCAGAAAGUGAUUCAGAUAAAUAUGAAGUCAAUGCUACAAAAAAAAAAAUAAGUUUUUCUAAUACCAAAAGCUCAAAGAAGCGCAAAAGUGCCAGACCAAAAACUUCUAGCAAAAAAUCUAGUAACACUUCUUCUGAUAAAAAGAGCAGUAAAGAUAUUAGGUUACUUAAAAUUCCUACAGAUAAUAUUAGCCUAAAUGCAUUUUUCGCUAUUUUACGGUCAAUGGUUGAUUCAUUUACUCGUACACAACCUAAAGAAGUCUCAAUUAAUGGUUAUAAUAUGAUUAAUGCAGAAUUCAUUGCACUGAAAGAUCCUCAAACAAAUAUACCACCCAAAACAGCCUUAGAAGAGAUGCAACCAGAAGCAGAAAUUUCAUGGCCAAAUCCUAUAGAAAUUAAUUUUAUUCGUAAAAUUAUUCCUAAUGAUGUUGCAACUAUUACUUGCCAAAUUACUUCACCAUCAGGAAAAAAUAUUCAAGUACCUGGUGCAUUAAUAGAUAGUGGAGCAAACUGCUCUCUAAAAUCAAAAGGUCUUGCAAAACUAUUAGGAAUGAAUAUUGACAAAAAUAAAAAACCUUCUGUAAAAUGGCGUAAUAAUUCUUUAGAAUCUAUUGGAACUUGUUAUAAU